AGCACUGUAAGUUUGGGAUAGGAGGCAGGACUCUUCAAGGUUUGUGUCAAGAAGGAGGUGGCCUUUGAGCUGCUCUUUGAUGGACAGGGGAAGGGUGGUGGCCAGGGAUUCCAGGCUGCCUUCAGUGGUGCCUGUGUGAAGGCACUGCAGGGGGGAAUUAAGGCUGUGGUCAAGCCUUGUGUGAAUGUAGCAAGGAAACUCAUGUACCCAGAUCUCUUCCAGGACCAGUGAUAAUUAGGAAGAGUUUUCCUGAAGCUAUUUUUGCUAUAAUAAGGAAAAAAGAGGGGGAAGGGGAGGACCGAGACCUAAAGCAUUCCCAGUGUUCAAGUUAAAUGUUAACUCCUUUGUGUAGUUAACGACUAACUUAUUCUUUCCUAUGCAGAAGAAAAAGGGACACAGAGAAAAUAUAAUGCAGCAGUAACCACCAAACGUAAAAAAACAAACAAACCCUGGCUUGCUUAUGUUGUUCCCUAUUCUCAAUGUAAUACAUAUGUAGCUAUUAUAAAGAUAAUGUGCAAGCUGGAAGAGCAGACCGUAGCUGUACCUUCGCUGUGUGUGUCUUCUGCAGAGUUCCCAGAGAGUUAGCUAUUUUUGAACACAUUCCUAGUUCAGCCAUUAGAAAAUUACGGGCUUUAUUUGUAUAAACUCAGCAACUAAAAUGGAGCUUCCAGAAAGGUGGAUGAGCUCAUCGCCGUCUGCUCUGAACCAGGCAGGUUAAUGACCUGCCCGGCAUUGUUCGCGGCGGCCAGCGCCGGCUGACUUCACCAGCAGUUCCACUUGAAGGGAGACAUUGUUUCCUCCGCAGCGUUUGUCAGAUGCUUUCCUCUCUGCACACCAGCAUGUCCUAGCAGUCUCUGAAUGUUCCUGCGUGUACUUUAUGAAACCAAAGAGCAAGUAGCCCUGGAAAUGUCUGCAGAGUGCUCUGCACAGCUGUCUGAGGCCCCCAGAAAAGAGCAAGAAGUAAAGCCUCUGUGCCCCACACGACACACACACAGACCCUGCCCUGGGAGGCUCCACAUGGGAGGACGGCUUCCUUCUAACCUGUUAAAUGUCAGUGACCAAACAUCCCGUGAACAUGAAUAAUUUAAGCACCAAGUGCUUUUGCUGAUGACUGUGUUCCCUUCAGGGAGAAUGAUGGUAAUGUAUGGAAUGGAGGGGCUCUUGGCUUUGGGCCUCAGUGCAAGUCCAUUGGAAAAGGCAGCUGCAACAAUCUAGUGGUCACCAGCAGUCCCAUGAUGGUUCAGCGACUGGGACCCAUUUCACCUCCAGCAAGCCAGGUCUCUACAGCAUGCAACCAGAUCAGUCCUAGCUUACAGAGGGCAAUGAAUGCAGCCAACCUGAAUAUACCUCCUUCAGAUACCAGGUCCCUCAUUUCUCGUGAGUCUUUGGCGUCCACCACUUUGAGUCUGACAGACAGUCAGUCAACCUUGAGCGUGAAACAAGAGUGGUCUCAAGGCUACAGGACCCUCCCUUCGCUUUCUUCCAACCACAGCUCUCAAAAUGGCAGUGAUGUAGGGGAGCUCCUUAGCUUUCCUCCCGGAACAUCCAUGUCCAGCAACAGCGUCUCCAACUCGUUGCCGUCCUACCUUUUCGGCAUGGAAAACAGCCACUCGCCUUACCCUAGUCCUCGGCACUCUUCCACCAGGUCGCACUCAGCUCGCUCCAAGAAGAGAGCUCUGUCCUUGUCCCCGCUGUCCGAUGGCAUUGGAAUAGACUUCAACACCAUUAUCCGCACCUCGCCCACGUCCUUGGUCGCCUACAUCAACGGUUCCAGGGCUUCACCCGCCAACAUGUCCCCGCAGCCAGAGGUCUAUGGCCAUUUUCUGGGGGUGCGCGGCAGCUGCAUUCCCCAGCCGUGCUCCAUUCCAAGCAGCCAGAAAGGUCUGCUGGUGGCCAGUGGCGGCCUGGCCCUCCCCGCGUACAGCGAGGACGGCGUGGCCGAGUACGAGCGCAUGCAGCAGCUGGAGCAUGGCGGCCUCCAGCCCGGCCUGGUCAACAGCAUGGUGGUGCAGCACGGCCUGCCCGGCCCCGACGGCCAGCCGCCCGGCAUGCUGAAGACCGAGCGCCUGGAUGAUUUCCCGAGGAGCACCAUGGACCUGCCCCCCGCUCCUGCUCUCCCUCCGUUGCCACCAGCUCCCCAAGGUCCCCCACCCCCCUACCAUGCCCACCCACACCUUCAGCACCAGGAGCUCGUCCCCCAUCCCCAGUCGCUGCCUCUAACCCAGGCCGCCCUGGAGGAGGACGGGGAGAUGGACGACUUCGGGGGGAAGCACUGCUGUCGGUGGAUAGAUUGCAGUGCCUUAUAUGACCAGCAGGAGGAACUCGUGCGGCACAUCGAGAAGGUUCACAUAGACCAGCGGAAAGGAGAAGACUUCACUUGCUUCUGGGCGGGUUGUCCUCGAAGGUACAAGCCAUUCAACGCCCGCUAUAAACUGCUGAUCCACAUGAGAGUCCACUCUGGGGAGAAGCCCAACAAGUGUACGUUUGAGGGUUGCAAGAAGGCCUUUUCAAGGCUCGAGAAUCUCAAGAUUCACUUGCGGAGCCACACGGGAGAGAAGCCGUAUUUAUGCCAGCACCCAGGCUGUCAGAAGGCGUUCAGUAACUCCAGCGACCGGGCCAAACACCAGCGGACACAUCUGGACACUAAACCUUAUGCUUGUCAAAUUCCAGGAUGCACCAAACGCUACACAGACCCAAGUUCCCUAAGAAAGCAUGUGAAGGCCCAUUCUUCCAAAGAUCAACAAGCAAGGAAAAAGCUGCGGUCCGGCACGGAGCUCCAUCCGGACCUGCUCACGGACUGCCUCAGCGUGCAGCCCCUGCAGCCGGCCGCCUCCCCCCGCGAUGCCGCUGCUGAAGGGGCCGUGGGACGCUCCCCAGGGCCCGGGCCCGACCUCUAUCCAGCUCCCAUUUUCUCCGGCAGUCAUUCAAGCCGAAGCGGAACAGCUGCUGGGGCCGGGCCACCCCCACAUCCUGUCAGUCACCCUUCUCCGGGACAUAAUGUACAGGGGAGCCCCCACAACCCCUCCUCCCAAUUACCUCCACUCACAGCUGUGGACGCGGGAGCUGAGAGGUUUGCACCUUCUGCCCCUUCUCCUCACCACAUAAGCCCCCGGAGAGUUCCAGCCCCUUCAGCAAUGCAGAGAACACAGCCUCCUCAUACCCAGCAGCCAUCAGGCUCACACCUGAAGUCCUAUCAGCCAGAAUCAGACUCUUUCCAACCAAAUGGUAUCCAUGUCCAUGGAUUUUACGGACAGCUGCAGACGUUCUGUCCCCCGCAUUACCCUGACUCCCCGAGAACCAUGCCACCCGGCAGCUCCUGCAGUGUGGUACCUUCCUUUGAGGACUGCCUGGUGCCCGCGUCCAUGGGGCAGACUGGUUUUGAUGUUUUCCACAGAGCCUUCUCCACCCACUCGGGCAUUACAGUCUAUGAUUUGCCUUCAGGUUCCUCAAGCCUCUUUGGGGAAUCUCUCCGCAGCGGGCCUGAGGACAGCCCAUUCUUGCAGAUCAGCGCUGUGGACCGCUGUCCCAGCCAGCUCUCCUCUGUCUACACUGAAGGUUAAAAGCUCCCCUGGCCCGGACUGCACAUCCAGAACCUUUUUGAUGCUUGCCACCUUUUGUUUUCAUUCUCUCACCAUCUGCAUGAGAAAGGAUGUCAACCAGAGCAGUGGAAGGCCUGGCAAAGUCACAGACACGUCUUUGGAAGGCAGGACUGGAUGGUCAGAGCUGGGCUUUGCAGGAAUGUUUUCUCUGUUGCUCCUUUAUCUCUGGAUUUGCUGGACCAGGUGACAAGCAGGACCGUCUUUUCAAAGGGAGUUAGUCUCGUUCUACUGGAUACCUGUUACUUCCUGGCUGUCAACCCUGAAAGGACACCAAUGAAAUCAUGUGGAAAUGUAGUUUGGGGAUCACCCUUGCUGAAAACUACAAAUAGGGAAGGACAACCCAAAUUGCUGGGGCCUAGUGAGCCGCCUAACCCCAUGCCCUCCCCCCCUGCCGGCCCCACACAAAGCCAGGCACAACAAGGGGAAUCCAUGUCCAAAGCACAGUCCAGCCUCAACUCUUGGAUCUUCCCCACCCCUGGGUUUCUAAGCCUUGGCCUGGCAUUCCAGUAAGCCAGCUGCCCCUCUCAUUUACCUAUCCCCGUGCUGGCCAGUCGCUUCUCAGUGUUUCUCCAACUGCAAAAGAGGAAGCUUCUGGCAAGCACAGUCCCUUGAAAAGCACUACACUUUGUUUUCUCCUCCAGUGACCUACCUUAGUUCUUUCAUUUUAAAGACAUUAUUUACAUGUACUUUUAAAAGAUGAAAAAAAUCUAUUUAGAGGUCUGUUCUUUGGUUGGGAAUAUUGUUUGGAUCACUUCAGCUACAUACAUUUUGCCAUGGCUGUAGCAAUGCCUGGCCCCACCUUGCAGCACCUGUGAGCACUCCUGGGUUGUUACUUUUGCAGUUAGCAAAGGCUACUUGAGGGGCCAGGGGAGGGCUCCCACCUCCCCACGUCCCAGCACCCCAGCAGGAACCCUUGUGGGUUGCCUGUUCAGGGACUUCAGUUCAAAGACCUUGUACAAAGGAAAAGGUCAUCUGACUGGUUUAUCCAUGGCUUCCACUCUGAUGCUCAUUCCAGAGAAGUACCAGAAGAUGUGAAAACAGGGACAAACUGACUUGUGUGCUCCUCUGGGAAAGCCAGAUUAGGGAUGUCAGGUGUUUGUCCAGGGAUUUCACACAGCCUCUGCUCACCUCCUUGGGGAUAUAUGCUCAUCUGUCUGUCUCCUCCCCCCUCUUUUCACAUCUCUCUCACUCUCUUCCUAGCUGUGAUCCAGACAUGCCCCCCACCCACCACUGUCUGACCCUCAACUCUGGGGAGGACCAGCUUAAGGCAGGCAGAGGGGACCGUUUAGGAAAGGUAGGCAGAAGGAGGCAGUCCUCUUUCUGAAACUGGUUUAAGGGCCUGGAGGUUUUGCAGAGCACUUGGCUGUUUGAUACCAAGGCUGAGUGGGAAGCCACUUUCUGUGACACCUUUAUACGGCUAUUAUAACGAUCCCGAGUCCUGUGUCAUAGGCUAUAAAUUGGCUAUAAAACUAAGCCAAUCUGCAAAGACCUGGUAAAUUCUGACAUCCUGGUACUGUCGCAUCUCAAGAUUUCUUUUCCUUUCUCUCUUUUCAAAAAUGUUUUAUGAACAAAAAUGAAACAAUGCUAUUCGUUAAACUGAGAUAAGUACAAUCUUCAACAAGGCAAUUAAGCAGCUUGGUGUCAGCCUUGGAAUCCUGUGACGGUUUGUAUCAUGACAGUCCGUUCCUUCCAGGCCGAUUCCCCAGUCAGUAACGCUCUCCCUGAUUCCAGAGUUCAUUCCAGCGUGCCUUGGAAUAAGAUGAACAAAGAACCAACCAAGUGUGCUCAUGUUGCAAUGCACUUGGUCACUUUAGUUUCUCUCACUGGUGGGCUCUGCUUUGAGAAAAACUGUCAUGCAGACGUCCGAGGCUGCAAAAAAGAUGUUACCCACUUUACAAAACUCUGCUCUGCUUUCCAGGAUGCACGUCAGGCUUGCUUUACAAAUGAGCUCUCGGGCUGCUUGUAAAACACCCUCCUUGCAGAUGUUGUUGGCCAUGGUGCUUGGAUAAAACAAGGACACGCAUGUGGCCACACUGGCCAGGUGACAGCACCCCUCCUGUGUCCCCUGCCACGCUCUGAAAGAAAGGAAAACUGGUAGCUUUAGAGUGAUUAUCAGUUCAUUCUGAAAUUCUGAAGCCUUUAUGAGAAACCCUAAAUGUAUUCCAUUUGUGGGGUAAGGAGGGAUAAAAUUAAGGGCAAGAUUGUUACUACGGUUGACGUUUUCAGUCCUGCCUUGAGGUUUUAGAUGACUUAAGGUAGAAAGGAGGAAGGAAGAGAAAGCAAGAAGCCGAACCUCAGAACCAUGACUGUCAUCUCCCCUUUGGCCGAGAAGGGGGGUUGUGACCAGUCUCAGGUCUUAUGAUGAGGAGCCAAGCAGCCACAGCCCUUGCAGGCCUCCUUCCAUCCAGGGCAAGGGUUCAUGCUGGGCCCCCAAGGGGCAUUCGUGGUGUCAGAAGGAGAACCCAGAAAGCAGGGCCCGGGGCAGCCUGUGAGGCCUCAUCCACAGGUCCCAGCCUCACCCACCCAGUCCCCACUUCCCGAUGGCUGCAGGGUUGAGAUUAGGGCCUGGGGAGGAGGGUGGGGGGUGAGGACACAGUCAUGUUCCUUUCAGAGCACACAUGCUGUCCUUAAAUUCCAGAAUCUUGCCUCAUCUUAAAAAUCGUCCUUUGCUUGCUUUCACAUUCUAAAAGAUCUGUAUAUGCUUCCAUCAUUACUUUUGUUGCAGUAAAAGUAAAAACUUGAAAAAAUCAUUCCCUUCCAUUUCCUGGCCUUUUUAGUCUUGAAAAGUAACCGUUUUCAUAAAUAUGUGAACAGAGAUCGUCAUUGCCCUUUUUAAAAAAAAACUGGUGCUUGCGAAAAUACACAGCCCAAAGCCAAUUAUCCUAUUAGAUUAAAAAAAACAAAAUCAGUAUGCCUAGAGGCAUUUCGUUUUUCUGCAUUAUCUUAGUUCUCUAAAGAGAUUGCAUCAAAAUACCCAUUGUAAUUUAGCCUCUGAUCAGCUGUUAAAUAAUAUUUAAAUAUUUCUAGUCCUUCAGGGUAUCUCCCUUUUGCUGUGUCUCUCCCACAUGACAUAGGUGACUCUAAAAUUGAAAAAAGGCCAUUAGUGAGUCACAACAUAGUUUCCACUGAUAAUAGAGUGUUGGUUUUGUUCUGUUGUAUUUAAAUUACCAGCAUCAAGCACACGAGUUUACUAAAAUCAGUUUUGAACAAGGGUAAAUGUUAAACUCCCUCCGUCCCAGGACCUUGACUUUCUGAUUGCCUUGAAGUAUUGGGAAUAGUGACUGUAAAUGUUCAAUUUAAUUAUUUGAUAUUUUGUUUGACUGUUUUGACCAUGUCAUUUUAUAGCAGCAUUUUUUUAACGGCACUUUUGGUUGGUGAUGUGGAAUUUCUGCGGUUACUUUUUUAUUCUUUUUUUUUUUUGCAACAAAUAAAGCAAAAAAAAGCACUCAUUGGAGAAAUGGCAAGUGUAAAAAAGAAGAGAUUUAUUUUGUACAGACAGCAGAGCAUCCUGUGUUUAACGUUGCUGACAUAAAGCACUUUGGGGGGACGGGGAGUGGAAAUCUGUUUUCUAUAAAUCACACAGACUCUUGUCCAUAGUUACAUACACUCGUGUAGAGAAAUGAACUGCAUAUAUCAUACUGGAUAUGGGGCCGAUUUUACUCUAGGGGCACAUCUGGUGUGUAUUGUCAUAAAUCUUUUAAAGAAUUAGGUACACUUUUUUCUAUUAAUAUGUAUAGUUUUGUGAUUUGUCACAGUUAUGUUUCAUAUAAUCAUAAGUUAUUUUGUCUUGUUUCAUGAACUCCUUUUUUUAUGUCAAAAGUAAAAUGAAGGGAUUGUGCACUUGGUACAGAAUAAAACUGGAAAUAGAGGAUACGCCAGCCUGCCUGAGAUCCUCCUUCAGCAUGUUGCUUUAAAACACAAUGGCAACAAUCGUUGUUUGUUUGUUUUAUUUUGUUUUGUUUUGCCACCAGCCUCCUUCAUAUUGGGGAUGGUAAUUAUAAUUAAAAGCAGAUGGGGGGGCGCGGGUGUCCACGGCCAGCUUUAAAACGCCGCUUUGCUUUGGGCCAGAGCUGCAGCCUGGAUUUAAUUAUAGAUAUGAGGACGAAAUGGCAGUAAAAAUGAAUGUCUCCCUGAAUCCUUUACAUGUUGGGAGUGUCCAUAAAUAAAACAUGAAGUUUUAUUUCAUCAGAUUUAAUUAAAGCUUUUAUACAUGUUU